AUGUCAUCUAUCAAAAUGGACACUCCCAUCCGCCGGGUGAUCGCUUCCCACGACUCCAAGGGCAAAGCCUUCUUCUCUUCCGAUGAGACUCUGACACCUUACGACCCAAUCACAGCCCCAGAAUUCAAGACUCCAGCCAGCGACGCAGGAUUCGGCGUGAUUCAAAUCCACCGGUCGCGCGGAUUCCCGGUUGAUAACAUGCGACCAUUCGUCGACCCACACAAGACCCUCGUCCCGCUCGCUGACACCAAGGGCCCAUCUUGUCGAGUCCUUGACCUUUAUCCCGCCGAGCGAGGAUGGAUGCAUCGAACCUUGAGCUUGGACUACUUCGUUAUCCUGAGUGGAACUGUUGGGUUCGCUACCGAUGGUGGCGCGGAGAAGAUCUUGAAACCGCAUGAUAUUAUUGUUUGCCAAGGAACAAACCACGAGUGGGUUAAUCGGGGUCAGGACCUUGCGAGAAUCUUUGGGGUGGUUGUUCCUAGCAAGGAAAUUGUUACGGAGGAUGGAGAGAGAUUGGAGAAAACGCCUGCGGGACCUGUCUAUGACCCUGCAGAGGAGGAGGAUUAA